AUGGUGAUGAAAGAACUCAAGGAAUGGCUCGAUGAAUGGCCUGCCGUACGUGAAGUAGUCGACGACUUGGUUUUAAGUCUUAAACGCAGACAACUCCAUGGAUCGUAUGAAACAGCCAAGAUGACGACAAAUGUAUUAUGCAAAGUGCUUGAAACAGUUGAAUGGUCAACAGCUGGAGAAAUCUUGGAAAAGAUUCGUCAACUUGGCUAUAUGCUCACUACUGCACAUACACAUGAAUUAGUCAUUGGCAAUGUCGUACGUCGUGUAUUAUAUAUCAUUCGUGAAGAGCAUUUGAAUGCUUUAAAGGUAUUAGCACCGACUACUGGUACUAGCCCGCCAGCAACACAUACUUUGGGUUUAUCAUCAAACCGGAAUAAUAAUUUGUCGCGUUCGUUGGAUACAAUCUUAACGCCUGGAACGGAUACUGAUCUUUCAAUUCCUAUUACGGAUCUUAAACUUUCUGUUAUGGAAGGAAUUGCUGAACUUGUUGAUGAGAUUGAAAACUUACAUGUUAAUAUUGCUGAUCAAGCGAUGGAAUAUAUUCAUACUGAUGAAGUAAUUUUGACGUUUGGCUUGUCAUUAUCAGUUGAAGCUUUUCUAAAGACAGCAGCAAAGAAACGGUCAUUUAAAGUGAUUGUUGUCGAAUCUGCUCCUUCUUUAAAUGGCCAGAAUAUGGCUCAUGUAUUGGCAGAGAGUGGCAUACAUGUGACGGUUAUUCCGGACAGUGCAGUCUAUGCUUUAAUGGCACGUGUGAAUAAAGUGGUCGUGCCUGCAGCUGCUGUGGUUGCUAAUGGAGGUUUGAUCGCACAAUCUGGACUGCAAAAUAUUGCACUCGCUGCGAAAAAAUGCUCCGUACCGGUUGUAUGCGUGGCCGGUUUGAUUAAAUUGUCUCCACUCUAUGCACACGACUUGGACGUUUUAAGCGAACUCUUAGCUCCAUCGAGCAUCUACAAUUAUGAAGAUAUUGUGGACAAUCUCGAGGUCUUGAAUCCAGCGUAUGAUUAUGUGCCACCUGAGUGUGUAAUGCUUUUGAUCACGAACACAGGAGCUCAUCAGCCAUCGUACAUUUACCGUCUACUUGCUGAGUAUUACUCGCCUCAGGAUUAUCAGCUAAGCUAA